GGAAGCAUUUUCAAGCAUGUUGAGCUGCUCUUUCAUCAGUAAAUGGAGGCCUCUUGCAGCAGGAGGCUAGUGGUGUGAAUUUCUUAAGCUGAAUCAGGUGUUUAUUGGUGUUUCAGUUGGAUUUGACGGUGGCUCUCUAGAUCGCUCGCCGGAGAUAAACCAAGUAGCUCCGUCGUUUAGCUGCUACAGCCAUGUCCUCCGACACUGUACCACCUCUCAUUGCUGCUCAUAUCAAUUACCUGCUCAGCCACUUUCCUCUCCCCGUCAAGAUUGAGAACAUGUGGUCUGGCAGUAGACACUGCCCUGGAAUUAUUGAUAGGUUCACGCUGAUCGUACCUUACUGCCUUGAAUUCGUCAGAUGGGACAUCAUGUACAAUGCUGAAACACCAUUUUCUGCUCCUGAUAUUAUGUUUGGAGCAGAAGAUGAAAAUUUCCAUCCAUUCUCAAGUAAGGUUGAUGAAGGAGAACGAGAUCAUAAUUCAUUACAGAACUGUCUACGUGACUGGAACAGCAAAGAUCCAUCACGGCUCACUAGCCUCCUUCAAGAACUAAGGGAUCGAUAUGUGUCGUACCAAAGGAAACGUGUUGAAGGAGUUGAUGAUGAAAGGUUGAAGUUUGAACUUUGUACUAUGUUAUCUAGGGAGGGAAUUGAAAUGCAUUUGAGUUCAGGUUUUGAGAAGCCAGAGGAGGUCAAAUUUGCUGUGCCGCUGGUAGACAUUGAUAUUAACAAGAUGAUUCCUGGAUGCCUGUGGAGGCAUCCACAGAAGAUAUUUUUGCAGGUUUUAUAUCCUGUGGUGAGAAAAUAUGCAUCUACUCCUGCUGCACCUCGUCUGAAAUUGGUUUCUACAUCUGAGUUGAAGGCCCUGUUAUCCAUUGAGGAUAUCAAACUUCCUUCAUGGAUAGAUGGAAUGUGCAUGGCUGAAUAUCUUCCUCACCUAGAAGAGAGUCUUGAGAAACAGGUUCUGGAGGCAGUUUCAUUGAUUGAUGUUAGGAGAGGCUUUAUAGAGGCGUUGGACUCCUUCUUUGGAAGGCCUUUAGAAGCUGACCCGGUGUUCUGUCGAACGGCUACAGUUAUCACUGCCUCUGGGGUGUUCACAUUCCUGGCGCACUUCCUCAUUUCAAGCCAAUUUCCGAAGAAGCAGCCUUCUCUGGUGCUGCAAAGUUCUCAGCAUUUCAACUCCCAUGGUGCGCCCAUCAAGUCGCAGCUUAUUACCGACUAUCCUUGGAGUCCUAGGUGGGAGCCAUUGCAAAUGGCUGAGCGGAUUUUCGAGUUUCUGGCUGAUGAGGCUUUGAGCUUCAAGAGGUACUGCAAUGAGGCUCAACUUCAAUGAUUGUGUCAUGCAAACCCUGGUCAACGUCAAUAUUCCGGCCAUAAAACAGCCCACUUAUAUAUAGUUGGCAGAGUAGAGUAGUUCUAAAUUUUUGUUUUUAGAUUGACUUUGCCAUCUCCUUGGGGAUGCCUGGUUAGUGCUUCCGGAUGACUAAAAGGUAGAUGAUCAAGAACUCAUACGAGUUCUCAGAUUUAAACCAUGAUUUGGCAUUUUAUAACACAUUGAAUGUUGUUGGAGAUUCUCUCUUUUUUCUAUGAAAUUACCCGAUACA